CUUUGGGGGGUCCAGAAGCCCCCAGCCCUGAAGGGCGCUGACCUGGUGCACACCAGCCCCUUGGAGCCCUGCGGCCCCGGCACAGCACCAGCCCUGACCCUGGGUGUGGGCACAAGGCCAUGGGCCCUGCCCUCUGCUCACAACCAUGCAAACGCUGUGAAAACAUCCCCUCACUCUGCCCCAGCUGCUUCCCAAGACAGCGCUGAGCGGGCUGGAGCCCUGCAUGCUGCUCUCCCCAUCCUCUGGACACACGGCACCACAGCACAGGGCACUGGACCUCUGGGCCAGCAUGGGACCCGCUGUUCCUGCUGUGCAUCUCCAAGCUCUGCAGCACAGUGCCAUGGGUACUGCCAGACCUAACGACAGCCUGGCACGGGGCUGCUUGCACCCGCAGGCUCAAAGUGGCCCCAGGUACCCGGAGGCAGGAGUACUUUCCCACUCCGUGCAGCUGCCAGCUGCACUAACGAGGCUCUGGGAGUGCGGCCACCAGGCUCCUGCUAACUGCUUCGAUGACAGCGCGCAGCGGCUGGGGGACGGCCAGCACUGGUCUGGCCCCACCCUGGGAGCAGCAGUCCUGUGCCAAGGAGCGCUGGACGGUGUGGGCAGGGCAGAGGGCACCGUGCCAACAGAGCCCGCUGACCUUGAUGGGACGGACCCUGGAGCCAUCAGCCUGCACCCCGUGGCGUCUAUCAGUGAUCUGCACUGGGCCUCAGCUGGGCACAAGGGCACAGAAGGGAAUGGCCCGACUCCAUCCAGUGCCCGGCUGCACCGUGCUCCCCAUGGUCCCCCACACCUGCCCACUCUGCGCCCUGUGCCACCUCCCACCGUCUGCCCCUGCCCUGGGCAUCCCUUCUUCCUCGCCCUGCUGGGCCUCCUGGCUCUGGCCAGCCUGGUCCUGGCCACGCUGGCCAUCUACCUGAGCGUGCUGCAGAGCCAGUCGGUGCAGACACUGGCCCAGUGGCUGGAGAGCCAGGAGGAUGCCAUGCGCCAACUGCGGGCAGCCAGCGGGCAGCUCUGGGCUCGCCUCAAUGCCAGCGCCCAGCGCCGCUGAGCUGCCCCACAGAGCAGCCCCAUAUGGAUUGCCCCAAACCCGGGACACGCAGGGGCAACCCUGGCCCUGCCACGCACUGCUGGAGAAAGGGAAGGGCUGCAAGGAUGGGCACCUGCCCCAGCAGGAGGCACCCUCCCAUCGCCUUAUCGUUACCUCCUGCCAUUGAGGCUUAGGAAGUCACCACCAUGACCACGUUCCCAGGUGCCUGCUGCUGCUCCUCCAGCACAUGGCUGUGCCAGGAUGAGCCUGGGAGGCACAGAGCUCUGGGGUUGGCCCUGUGGACUGUGCCAUGUUUGGGCAGCCAGGGGAUGUAGCAGACAGCUGGCAUGGCACAGAGCGCGAUGGCACCCUUUGCCUCUCCUGUUAUCAUAUUUUUGGUUAAAAAAUAAAUAAAAAAGAGGGGACAGCCCCCGGUGGGGCAGCCCCAGGCAUUAAAUACUCCACUGUA